AUCAUGUCAAUCGUAUUUUAUGGAUAGCACAUCUCAUUUGAAGGAUCUGGAGGAGGUUGCAUGGCAGUUUCGCACUGAUGAGCGUACGACCGUGACACGGAAUUGGCAGUGGUUCUUCAGCUCUUGGGACUCGGGAUGGGACCGUGUUUCAUAUUGUCGUGGCGGCGUAUGCAGAGGGUUCGGCCGUCGAGCUUCGAUGUCAUGUCCCGUCCUGGGGAGCCUCAGCCAAAUGUAGCGACAAUUACCAGUCGGCACCGUUGAUUGU